AAAUGGUUCAAUGAUGGAAAAUAUCGAUGAAAGAAUUUUCCCAGCAGCCAGGAACGACCAUUUUGCCGUGUGUGAAGUUUCGGACAGCUCAUCGAAUGCACGAGUUCUCGAGUCAUUGUGUGUCGUGCGGUGACCGCGGAGUCGUUCGAGCGAGUGUGUGAGCAGCAGAGUGUAGCCCACAAAAAAAAAAACGGAGUUCGGGGGCAGCUGCUUCUCAGGAACCGAGAAGCAACAGCGGAUACCUUAGAUUCUUGACGGUCCAGGAUUCUGAGCCAGUAUAGCGGAGGCCCUUCAGCCGAAAGGGUGCAUUCAACACAAAAACCUGGACUAUUUCUUUCGGAAACGCAACAACUGUCUCUGUCACACCAGAUCCUAAGACUUUUUUCUUUCGUUUUGUCUAUUGCGUUUUUGGAGUGUAUUUUUGCUUUCGUUUCCAACCUCGGAGGAGGACCUUCGCCAAAAAAAACCGAUAGUGAAUGGAACAGUUCAAGUGAUAACGUGUACUUCUGUAGCUGAUAGAAUCCCAGUUCUUCCGCCUUCUGUCGAUGAAAACUUGUUUCGAGUCAGCGUUGCGAGCCAGGUGUCGUGUCAAGUUCUAGUAUUUUUGGCUCCAGCAGAGUGCUAUGCCGCAGAGGUUGAAGCAGUGAAUCAACCAACUAAAACAGCACGCAAGCAACAAGUGCGGCAAACACAAAACGAUUGACAAGAAGUGCAAGCUCAAACCCAACCACGUUUCCGUUUCCUUAAAGAAAAAAAAAGAAUAGUUAAUUGAAGAAACGAGUUCAGAAGUAUUUUUUGUACGUACCUUGGUAGUAAGUAAAUUUAACGAAUUAACCACACUAAAGGAAGAGAGUUUAGAUAACAGUUUAAACCAUCAAAUGUUUACGAACCGUUGAGAGCUUUAUUUUAUUCGACUUGCGGUACGCUAAAAGUGUAACUGAUAAUCAAAAUUUGAUGAACCGAUACGGACCGAGAUUUGCUCAAUGAACUGCACGGUGUGAUAAUGCUUUGUCGAAUAUCGAUUGGCUUCCGGUUUCGGCAGUAUAGAAAGUGAUAAAAGCCAACCCCGUUUCCGUGUUUUCUUCCGCCGCGCCGAUUGGAGUUGGUGUUGAAAAAGACAGGAGGCCAAUAAAAACACGAACAAAUCUCCAGGCCGCUCCAGGCAGUGACCCACAAGAAGAUACGUGAGCAGGCUAGCAGCCUCCCAAAAUAUACUCGAGACAAUCAUCGCCGCCACCAACCCUGCGCUUGCAAUGCUCUGGUAGCGCCGAAAACUUCGCCGUGGAUCCGUAUUGCGGCGCCGGACUGAACAGUGGUGGUCCUGGUGGCCAAUGGCCGAUUCCGAACUGCGGUGGUCCCAUGUGUCACCAUGGUCCCGGUCCAGGGCCACCCGGGCCCGGACCUGGUCCUGGUCCCGGUCCCGGCCCGGGUCUCAUCAGUGCUUUAGGAGGUAUGAUGCUGGGAGGCGGUGGAGGAGGCGGCGGUGGUGGUGGCGGAGCCGGAAUCGGGAUCGGUCAUCCGCCGAUCGGGACGAGCGGCCUGGUGCAUGGACCCUCGCAGCUGUCACUUCACGGCGGUCCCGGCCCGCUAGUGCCGCCCGGGCUCUGUAAUCCCUGCAGCAAUACUAAUAGUUUUAACUCAGUGCCAUUACCCGGACCGUCGCGUUGGGGUCCGCGAACAUCGUGUCCUGUACAUAGUCCAUUUCGAAUACGAGUGCCGAACGGAUCAAUCUGCUCCGGACAUCAGGUCAGUACAGCCUCACUAUUCACGUCACUCUAACGGGUAAGCUUUCCUUAAACGAAAAUAUGAUUCAAACCUUCUCCUCUCGUUUCGCUGUUCGCUUCCAACCGAACUGACGAACAAAAUUAGUUCUUGAAAUGGAUUCCCAUGGCAGACACAAUAAUUUCAUCCGUCUUUUGUCGAUGCAAAUAUGGUCCCGCUUUUUCCCUGACAAGUGACGCCGCCGUCUACCGGCGUCGUUUAUUUU